GGCUGUAGUCACGGAACCAAUGUAAUGAGUCUCAAAAUCUUUGGGACGUUUUUUAGCGACGUAACAGUGCCACUUCCGGUCCACAACUCCAGCGUGAUUUACAUGUUGAUGACUGAUGGUACACUGUUACUAAGCUAACAUUCGGCGAACACUUACGGGCAAAAUACUGUUGAACCGGUGACAAUUAUUUCCAAUUUUAAGUCUGUGAACAUGAAGCUGCUUACACACAAUAUGUUGACGUCUCACGUGAAGGGAGUCAUUAAAGGGUACCCGCUGCUCAUCAAGGCAACCGAGGUGAAGGUGAAUGAGGUGGAAUUCAACCCUGAGUUUGUCAGCCGGAUGAUUCCCAAACUGGAGUGGUGUGCUCUGGUCCAGGCUGCAGAGGCGUUGGGUCAUCGGCAAGAUCUGCCAGGUGAGCUGGUGCCAGAUUAUGAGAAAAAUGAAGAGUUCCUGAAGAAAGUGCACAGAGUGCUGUUAGAGGUGGAGGUGAUAGAGGGCUGCCUGCAGUGCCCAGAAUCAGGACGAGAGUUUCCGAUCUCUCGAGGAAUCCCCAACAUGCUGCUGAAUGAAGACGAGGUGUAGACAGCAUGUCAGUGGUUGUGAUGCACACUGGGACUGUGGGUAUUCAGAGAGAGGCUGGACUCUGGUUCAGUUGGCGCCAUGAAAAACAGGCCACACUGUUGGGUUGGUUGUAGCUUAAAGUGGCCGAUGUUGUCAAUGGACUGAAAAACAUUUGAUUUGGAGGGUAACAGAUGGAAAUGGUUUCAAGGGUAACCCCCAGUGGUUUUAUCUGUAUUUAUUUUUGUAGUUGUUUGUGCUUUUUUUUUUAUUUUUCAAUAAAACUGUCCUAAUUUCCAUGACA